AUGGCGCAGAAUGUUCUGCUUUAUGGGCAACCAUGGCGCAGAAUGUUCUGCUUUAUGGGCAACCAUGGCGCAGAAUGUUCUGCUUUAUGGGCAACCAUGGCGCAGAAUGUUCUGCUUUAUGGGCAACCAUGGCGCAGAAUGCUCUGCUUUAUGGGCAACCAUGGCGCAGAAUGCUCUGCUUUAUGGGAAACCAUGGCGCAGAAUGCUCUGCUUUAUGGGAAACCAUGGUACAGAAUGCUCUGCUUUAUGGGCAACCAGAAUGUUCUGCUUUACAGAAAUGUUCUGCUUUAUGGGAAACAACCGAAUGGCGCAGAAUGCUCUGCUUUAUGGGCAACCAUGGCGCAGAAUGCUCUGCUUUAUGGGCAACCAUGGCGCAGAAUGCUCUGCUUUAUGGGCAACCAUGGCGCAGAAUGCUCUGCUUUAUGGGCAACCAUGGCGCAGAAUGCUCUGCUUUAUGGGCAACAAUGGCACAGAAUGCUCUGCUUUAUGGGAAACCAUGGCACAGAAUGCUCUGCUUUAUGGGAAACCAUGCAAAUGGCGCAGAAUGCUGUGCUUUAUGGGAAACAAUGGCGCAGAAUGCUCUGCUUUAUGGGAAACCAUGCCAUAGAAUGCUCUGCUUUCUGGGAAACAAUGGCGCAGAAUGCUCUGCUUUAUGGGAAACCAUGCCACAGAAUGCUCUGCUUUAUGGGAAACCGUGCAAAUGGCGCAGAAUGCUCUGAUUUAUGGGAAACCGUGCAAAUGGCGCAGAAUGCUCUGCUUUAUGGGAAACCAUGGCGCAGAAUGCUCUGCUUUAUGGGAAACCAUGGCGCAGAAUGCUCUGCUUUAUGGAAAACCAUGGCGCAGAAUGCUCUGCUUUAUGGGCAACCAUGGCACAGAAUGCUCUGCUUUAUGGGCAACCAUGGCACAGAAUGCUCUGCUUUAUGGGCAACCAUGGCACAGAAUGUUCUGCUUUAUGGGAAACCAUGCCACAGAAUGCUCUGCUUUAUGGGAAACCGUGCAAAUGGCGUAGAAUGCUCUGCUUUAUGGGAAACCGUGCAAAUGGCGCAGAAUGCUCUGCUUUAUGGGAAACCAUGGCGCAGAAUGCUCUGCUUUAUGGGAAACCAUGGCGCAGAAUGCUCUGCUUUAUGGAAAACCAUGGCGCAGAAUGCUCUGCUUUAUGGGCAACCAUGGCACAGAAUGCUCUACUUUAUGGGCAACCAUGGCACAGAAUGUUCUGCUUUAUGGGAAACCAUGGCGCAGAAUGCUCUGCUUUAUGGGCAACCAUGGCGCAGAAUGCUCUGCUUUAUGGGCAACCAUGGCCCAGAAUGCUCUGCUUUAUGGGCAACCAUGGCGCAGAAUGCUCUGCUUUAUGGGCAACCAUGGCACAGAAUGCUCUACUUUAUGGGCAACCAUGGCACAGAAUGUUCUGCUUUAUGGGAAACCAUGGCGCAGAAUGCUCUGCUUUAUGGGCAACCAUGGCGCAGAAUGCUCUGCUUUAUGGGCAACCAUGGCCCAGAAUGCUCUGCUUUAUGGGAAACCAUGGCGCAGAAUGCUCUGCUUUAUGGGAAACAAUGCAGAUUUCCCUGGGUGCAGUUUAUGGAAUCUAAAUUAAUCAGCUUUAUAAGAUAG